AUGUAAGAAGGUAAAUCUCAACUUGGAUUCGUUAUUAAUGGAGUAGAUCUGAGUAAUCUCACCGAUCAAGAAUUUGAAAACAUUUAACAAGCUUUAUGGACUCAUGGUGUUAUAUGCAUUAAAAAUCAAAAUCUGACAGCAUAAUAACAGAUAGCAUUCACUGAAAGAUGGGGAAAGCUUGUUAUUCUACCUUCAUUCUAUGCAUUUGAUAAUAGAGAACCUGAGUAUCCAGCUAUUGUUAGGGUAGGAAAUGUUAGAUUAGACGAUACAGUCAAGCCUAAUUCUAAGGAUGCAGAAUAUUGGCAUAAGGACGGAGACUUUAGACAACCAGGAGAGAACUUCAUCUUAAGCAUUCUUACUCCUAAAGAAAUAGCUCAAGUAGGAGGUCAAACUGGUUACGUGGAUUCUGAAUAAAUUUUGAACGAUAUGCCUGCAGAUUUAAGAGAAAAGCUUGAAGGAGCUAAAAGUAUUAUCAGAAGCUAAAACAUUUCUGAUUUUUCAAGUGCUAAGCCUGAGGAGCACUAUCCCGAAGCUCAUCACCCAGCCAUAGCAACUCAUCCUAUUUCUGGUAAAAAAAUACUGAACAUUACCUAUAACAACUUGAAUGAUGUUGUACUGAAAGACGGUACAAUCUUGAAUUCAAGAGAUAUUAUUCCAGAAAUUGAAUAGGUCUACAAAAUAUACAGUCACAGAUGGGAAAUGGGUGAUGUUGUUAUCUGGGACAAUAUUAGAGUUAUCCAUAGAAGUAUGGGUGGAUUCGGUAAUUCUAGAAGACUUCUCUAUAGAACACAAGCACAAAUUAUAUGA